AUGUUCAGUUUCUGGAAUAUCAUCAGCACGAGAACGUUCUACACCAUCGUCCUCUCCCUCACAGUGUUCACUGGCCUGGGCGGGCUGGUGGGAAACGGCCUCAUGCUCUGGCUCCUGGGCUUCCGAGUGAGGAGGAACCCCUUCUCCAUGUACGUCCUCCACCUGGCAGGGGCCGACUUCCUCUUCCUGGGCUGCCAGACUGUGUUCACCAUCCUUACCUUCACCCAGGGCUCCCAGCAGCUCUACCUGGUGGUCGUGUUCCUCUGGUUCUUCACCGGCCUGGGCCUGCUGGUGGCCCUGAGCCUGGAGCAGUGCCUGGCGGCCCUCUUCCCCAAGUGGAGCCGCUGCCGGCCAAAGCACACGUCGGCCUGCGUGUGCGCCCUGGUGUGGGUGCUGUCCGUGCCGCUGGUCUUGGUGCCCAGCCAGGCCUGUGGCUUACUGACCGGGGGCGGCUCGUGGCUCACGUGUUUCCGGUACCACGUGGUGAGCGUCAUCUGCAUGUUCCUCCUCUUCUCGAUCCUCUGUGUAGCCAACUUCGUCCUGCUGGUGCGGGUGCAAUGCUGCUCCCAGAGCGGGCAGAAGCCCCCGUUCUACUGCUACGUGCUCCAGCUGGUCCCUUUGUUCUUCUUCUUCGGGCUCCCCUUCCUCGCCUACUGGACUUUAAAGAACACCAUGGGGUCCCUCUUGUGGUUUUUUUCUUUCUUCUUGUCCAUUGCCGAACUCCUGGCCUGCGUGAACAGCAGCACCAAGCCCAUCAUUUACUUCUGCGAUGCCAACCACAGGCGGGAGCUCCAAAGGGCCUGGCCCCGGGGAGGGAAGAGCAGGUUUGCGGAGGCUCUGGAGAUGACAGCCUGA